CGCCCAGCGCUGCCGCCGCCUCCGCCGCCGCCGGGGAGGGCCAUGGCGGAGGGGGUCGGCGCUCAGCCGCAGUUCGGCCGCCCCGCGCCGCCGCCGCAGACGGGCUGGGAGCGGCUCAGCGAGCUCUGGCAGCGCGACGAGCGGCAGCGGUACCCGGAGGAAACGGUGAACAUCAUCAAGUCGGCCUUCACCGGGGGACUCGUCGGCUGGUUGUAUGGCGGGCUGCCGGCUUUCUACCAGGCCCGGAAGGCCUUCAUCGAGAGGAGCCACGGGGAGCUCUUCCAGAACCGCGCCGAUGCGGUGCAAUCUGCGCACCGGGCCGGUCUCAGGAGUUUCAUCCGCUAUGGCUGGCGCUGGAGCUGGAGAGUCGCCGCUUUCGUCACAGUAUUCAACACGGUGAGCACUGGUUUGUCUGUGUACCGCAAUAAAACUACCAUCAGUAAUUUUGCUUCGGCAGGAGCCCUUACAGGAGCCCUUUUCAGAAUGCACCUGGGCCUGCAGGGACUGGCAGGUGGCUUCGUGUUCGGAACAGCAUUUGGGAUCCCUGCAGGGGGCCUCUUAAUGCUAAUGCAGAACCUAGUUGGUGAGACGUUGCAGGAGAAGAGAAACCGUGAGCGCAGGGAGCUGUAUGAACAGAAGUUAGCAGAGUGGCAAUCCAGGCUCAGUGUGACAGAAGAUUUAGUCCAAACGGAAAGCAACACCCAGGGAGGACCGGAGACGGAGAUAGCCAGAGAAUCUAGGAGCUACUGACUCUUUCCCAGAUCUCCGUUGUAAGCGGCUACAGUGUAUGUUGAGUCUGCUUGUAAUAGGCUUCAGUCAAGGGGUCAUGGAAGUCUUCUGUGAGUGCAGUUAUACCCUGUGCACUUGUGAAAAAGCAUUUUGCUGAAAACAUAGUUCACGGAUGCCUAUCACUACACAAGACCUUGGAAGGGCCAAACCUGUUCCACCUGAGAAGGUGGAAAUGUGGACUAGAAAGCGUCAUCUAGGUUUGGCAGGGGGUGAGGGCAGCCCCAAAGCCUCUUCUAGAACCCAUUUCACUCCUGAAAACAGCCAAACCACCAGCAAUGCAGAAAUAUUCAAGGUACAGGAGCCUAUGAAUAGUUUGGAUGCUAAAGGUACCCUGAUUGCAAAAGCUAAUUAUGCUCUGGUGAAAGCUGCUCUUCAGGCAGCACCUGAAGGACUUGCUGUGGCAGCCCCGGAGGGAGUGGUUCUCCUCCCCUCGCCAUCCCCCUCCCACAGCUUGACUUGGCCUGGCUGGGACCCAUUCUGUUUUGCUGACGGUGGUUUCUUCAGGCUUUUUGCAGAAAAAACACAGUUGGUUCCUACAGUACUUGGGGUAUUUCGCAAUCAAUGUUGAGGAAGGGUGGAGGAGCUGGGAAUGAUACGGAAAUACCCUGAAAAAAGACGUGGUUUGGGUUCCUCAAUAGAAGUAUGGCUGAGGGGGCCACAGAAAGGAUGACUUGUUUCUGGUGGUGACGGUGGAAGAAUUGGCACUAUGGGCAAUUUUAACAACAAUAAAAAGGCCUCUAAUUUAAUGUGAAAGCUGGAAAUUAGAGGAUUACCUUUGGGGGAAAUGUGGUUCAAGAGACUCAAUAAAGCCAACUAGCAGUG